AUGGCCAUCCAGUACUCCCACGAUGAGGAUGACGUGGCUGCUCAGACAAGCCUCAAUAAAAACACUGUAGCAAACUCUCAAUCCUCGACUGUCCACCAGAACAGUGACUCCCAGGGCUCUCUGGAUCCUUCGGUAGGAGUGCAACAGCAACAACAGACACAACGUUCUGAGCUUGGUACGGGCCGCUGCUGGAAAAGCUUCCUUGAGCACACCAAGGGAGAAUGUCGUGUGGAACACGCACUUGACAAUCUGUUCCUGAGUUUUGUUGAUGAUCUUCCAGGGUCAGUAACUGAAGUUCUCAUCGCAACUUUAGUCAUUUGGGACAAGGAAGGAAAACAAUUUGAAGCUGGGGUUUGGCCGGAGCAAAAGUGUAACAUAGCUCGAUUGUUAUAUGACAAUCUUUCAACCUGGCGAUCAGAACUCAAGAAAACUGCCAUAGGCUUAGCACCUCUUGCAUACUCACUUGUUCCCCCCGCGUCAGUCCCUGCUCAAGAACGUGCAAUGUGGGUCCAGAAUGCUGCUUCGCAAUUACUUUCAGAAUCCGAGUUUUUAUGGUUUGGAUUGGAUGCAUUGGGCAAAACAAGGAAUUUCGCUCAUCCUGGCCUUUGUGAUGCAGUUAUUAGAUUCUUUUACAUGGGGCUGUACCGAAUUGCCCGGAAGAGGCCAGAUAUCUUUUGCAAGCAAUUGCCCAUCUCAUGUUUGGCUUUGGUUUCCGCUGCGUACAACUGUGUCCUCGACGGUCUCAUCAAAAAUGGUCACGGCAAAUCUUAUCCCAAGUUCUCCGCCAAGGAAUACAGCCCAAUAUACCGCCAGAUGGUCAGAAUGAUCGAUCAAAUUCUUCAACAUCCAUAUCACGGUCCCAGGGCCGCAUGUCUAAAACUCGAUGGCGCUGAGGAGACCAAACACACCCAUCUACAAAUCGUCCUUGACUAA